AUGGCUAAUAAACGUCGUCACGUUUCAGGAGUCAUGAAUCCAGCAGACGUUUGCAGUAGAGGAUUGGAUCCCGAAAAUCUCAAAGAAUUGCAGCAGUUCCAUCAAGGGCCAGCCUUUCUGUUGUUGGAACCUCCAUUGUGGCCACAGUGGGAUCAAAUCGAACAAAACGACCAUCAAGAUCCCGAAGCCAUUCAUGUCUACACAACAAGAACCGAGCCGAGUGACAAUGUGAUUGACCAGUGCGUAGAAUAUUAUUCAAACAAAGUGCGCCUGGAGCGAGUACUUGCGUGGUGUUUGCGUUUUAUCUCAAAUUGUUGCGCCAAACUAAAGAAAGUGAAGGUGACAUCAGGAGAAUUGACGCCAGUCGAGACUGAAGCAGCUCUGGCAAUGUGCAUUCAACGUGCACAAGAAGUAGCAUACCCAGAAGACAUGUUGUUCUUAAAAAAGGGCAAAGAACUGCCAAACCGGUCGAAACUCAAGCAGUUCUCGACCAUUAUCGAUGAACAACAUUUAAUUCGAGUGGGCGGUCGAAUUGGUCAAGCACCUGUCGACUAUGUGACAAGACACCCAGUGAUUUUACCUCCAGAGGAACGUAUCACAAGGCUAAUAGUCUGGGAUGCUCACAUUCGAAAUUACCACAUUAAAGCCGAUCGCUUAUUGUGCGAACUUCGAACAAUGUACUGGAUAGUCUCUGGACGAAGGGUGAUGAAAUCUAUACUCAACAAGUGCAUUCCCUGCAAGCGAAGAAACGUACAACCAGUCGCACCACUGAUGGCCCAGCUACCAGUUCAUGGUAUAACGCCUUUCUUGCCUCCGUUCACUCAUACAGGAGUCGACUAUUUUGGCCCACUAACUGUCAAAGUCGGAGGGAGAGGGCGGCGGCACGAAAAAAGAUGGAUUUGUCUCUUUACCUGCCUUACAACCCGAUCAGUGCAUUUAGAAGUGACUGCCAGCCUCAGUGCCGAGGCAUUUUUAUUGGCCUUUUCUCGAUUCUCCAGCAUGAGGGGAGAGCCAAUCGUUUUGUAUAGCGACAGCGGCACAAAUUUUGUAGCUGGAGAAAGGGAGUUAAAUGAGGCAGUCGAAGAAUUACACAACAGCAAAGACUACCUGGAAGCACAGUUCACUUGUCGAAACAUCGAGUGGCGUUUUUCUCCGCCAAGUGGACCUCAGUUCGGGGAGUUUGGGAGAGGCUCGUGCAAUCGUGCAAAAGAGCCAUGA